AUGCCUCCCGCUCCUCCCGAAAAAAAAAGGGACCCCAGGUCCUGGCGAGGACUCACGCCCCCUCUGGCCGAAUGGAUCCUCGACUUCGUUUCCAGCCAGGGCUUCCAGCGCAUGACCCCCGUUCAGGCAGCAUGUCUGCCGCAGUUCCUCGGGAACAAGGAUGUCGUUGUCGAGGCCGUCACAGGCAGCGGCAAGACGCUUGCCUUCCUUCUUCCCAUCGUCCAGAAGCUCAUGCGCCUCGACGAACCCACGAAGCGCGGCCACGUUUUCUCCAUCAUCGUCUCCCCGACCCGUGAACUCGCCAUUCAGAUCCAUGCCGUCCUCCAGUCCCUCGUCGGCUUCCACCCCCCGUCCGCCGAGAUCCUGCCCUUCCUCAAGGAGGACGAGAAGCGCCCCGAUGCCUCGGUCCCCGUCAUUGUCCCCCAGCUGCUCGUCGGCGGGACCACUACGACGCAGCAAGAUCUGAGCUUCUUUGUCAGACACGCCCCCAACGUCCUGGUCUCGACACCAGGCAGGCUCGUCGAACUGCUCGCCUCCCCCCACGUUCGCUGCACACAAUCGUCAUUCGAACUCCUGGUUCUCGACGAGGCCGACCGUCUGCUGGAUAUGGGUUUCAAGCAAGAUAUCCAGAGGAUCUUGGGAUACCUUCCCAAGCAGAGAAGAACCGGCCUGUUUAGCGCUUCCGUUUCCGAAGCAGUCUCCCAAAUCAUCACUGUUGGUCUGAGAAACCCCGUCAAGAUUGCGGUGAGGGUUAAGAGCCUCAGGGACGGAGGAAUUAUCGAGGACCGGAAGACGCCCGUCAGUUUGCAAAUGUCCUACCUCGUCACGCCAGCGAGCCAAAAGCUUCCGGCGUUGGCCAAACUCUUGGAAAAUCUCAGCCCGCGACCGCAGAGAAGCAUCGUCUUCCUGUCAACUUGCGCCGCUGUCGAUUACUUCCAGCAUCUCCUCCCUACCAUCAUGCCCUCGGGUUUCACGAUAGUCCCUCUUCAUGGAAAGCUUCCGCCCAAGGCCAGAGAAAAGAGCUUCUCGAAAUUCGUCAACUCGGUGUCACCAUCCGUCCUGAUUUGUACAGACAUCGCAGCAAGGGGUUUGGAUAUCCCGCAGGUAGACUUUGUCUGCCAGAUCGACCCUCCUUCAGAUCCCAAGGUCUUCAUUCACAGAAGUGGGCGCGCUGGGAGGGCCGGCAGGAAGGGUCUCUCGGUCGUCUUCCUGCAGCCCGGCCACGAGGAGGACUACAUCCCCUUCCUAGAGGUCCGCAAGACCCCUAUCUUCCCCCUCACGCAACCCGAGAUGGUCGUCACCGAAGAGGAGGCCAACGCCGCCUCGGAGAAGUUCCGCGACGUCCUCCGCAGCGACCGCGCCUUCCACGACAAGGCCCAGCGGGCCUUUGUGAGCUGGGUACGCAGCUACAACGCCCAUCUGACGACCUCCAUCUUCCGCACCAAGGACCUCGACUGGGCUGACCUCGGCAAGGCAUGGGGCCUGCUGCGGUUACCGCGCAUGCCCGAGACCAAGAAGUGGGAGGGCGACAAGUGGCUUGGGAAUGAGGACUUCGACUGGGACAACUUUUCAUACAAAGACAAGACACGGGAGGCGGCGAGGCUGGCGGCGAUGGAGGCCGAGCGCAACGGCGAGAAGGCGGCGGCGGCGGACGAGGUCAAGCGCAAGCGCAAGACGAACGAGGCGUGGAGCAAGCAGACGGAGCAGGAAGGCGUGCGGACGGAGCGCCGCGAGAAGAGGAGGCGCAAGAAGGAGGCUGAGCGCAUGUCGACCAUGACGGAGGAGGAGAAGAUCAAGGCCAUGGAGCUGAACGAGAUGAUUGCGGAGAUAAGGAGGAAGAACCAAGCUCAGGCGGCGGCGGCGGCGGGAGGGAAGAAGGACGACGAGUUUGAUGGGUUUGACGAUUAA